ACGUACAAAUGUUAUUAUAUUAAAUUUUGCUGAAUUAAUCACAAUAUAUCCAUAAUAUCAACUUUUUACUUGGGGAGUAUUCCUUAAGCUAAUUGACAUCGACUAAAUUGUCUAAACUAAAAGUCAAACUCGAGCAUAUAUAGAAGUCUAACCGAUACAUCAACCCUUGUGAUUUGGGAUAAACCUAAGAAAAUGGAGAAACGAGAGAAUCCAUCAUCACUACCUAUUCUCUCUCUUAGCCUACCACUACCCCAAGAAAAUGAAAAACUUCAUGAUUUGAUGGAGGUUGACCAGAGAAAUGAUAAGGGAAGCUGUAAUAGUUGUAGUGUAGUGAAAGAAACCAAGAAACAAGUAUGGUUAGCAGGGCCAUUGAUAAUAGUUGGAUUAUUAACGUUUUCAUUGCAUGUAAUUUCUCUCAUGUUUGUGGGUCAUCUUGGUAAUUUACCUCUUGCUGCUGCUUCAUUGGCUACUUCCUUUGCUUAUGUUACUGGAUUCAGCGUUUUGCUCGGAAUGGCAAGUGCAUUAGAAACUGUAUGUGGGCAGUCAUACGGUGCAAAACAAUACAAAAUGGUAGGCGUACACACACAAAGAGCCAUGUUGGUGCUUUGUUUAUUAAGCAUACCAAUCUCCAUAACAUGGUACAACACCAAAUAUAUUCUAGUUGUUGUUGGGCAAGACCACACGAUAGCAUCAGAAGCUGCAUCUUAUGUUAAGUUCAUGAUCCCAGGCCUUAUCCCCUACGGUCUAAUUCAAUGUCUUUUUCGAUAUUUUCAAACUCAAAAUAUGGUCUUUCCAAUGAUCCUAAGCAGUGGAAUCACUACAUCAUUGCACAUAGUAAUAUGUUGGUCAUUGGUAUUUACAUUUGGCCUUGGUAGCAAAGGAGCCGCCAUUGCUAAUGUUGUAUCAUAUUGGAUCAAUUUGAUGAUAUUAGCUAUCUAUGUUCAAUAUUCUUCGUCGUGUUCCAAGACUUGGAAUGGCUUCUCGAUUGCAUCCUUACAAGGUAUACCGGCCUUUCUGAGACUUUCCGUAUCUUCAACUGCUAUGCUAUGCUUGGAAUUUUGGUCAUUCGAGAUGGUCAUCCUCUUAUCAGGCUAUCUGCCGAACCCAGUGUUAGAAACUUCAGCACUCUCUAUAUGCCUCAAUCUCAUCACACUUGUUUGGGUUAUUCAUGAAGGCUUGAGUGGUGGAGUGAGCACUCGAGUCUCCAAUGAAUUAGGAGCUAGGAAUCCACAAUGUGCAAGAUUAGCAGUUCAUGUGGCUUUAAGUAUGACGAUUUGUGAGUGUAUUUUCGUGGGAUUACUUCUGAUGAUGUUACGAGAUGUUUGGGGUUAUUCAUACACUCAAGAUUUGGAAGUGGUCAAAUACUUAACUGCUAUGAUGCCAUUGAUAGUAAUAGCUAAUUUUUUAACUGGAGUAACAUGUGUUCUUUAUGGUAUUGCUAGAGGUUGUGGUUGGCAAAAGAUUGGUGCAUAUAUCAGUCUAACUUCCUUCUAUCUCAUAGGCCUUCCGAUAUCUAUUCUAUUAGCCUUCCAUAUGCACAUUGGAGGGAAAGGUCUCUGGUUAGGGUUCAUUAGUGCUUUCCUCAUUCAAGUCUUAUCUCUAUCAGCUAUUACGAUGAAUACAAAUUGGGAGAAAGAAGCCAAGAAAGCUAAAAUUAGAGUUUUUGGAUCCAAUAUUCUUGAAGAUGAAUCACAAGCUCUAUAUAUCAUGGAAGAUGGAAGACCCCAAUGCCAGGACGCAGAUAAGGAAGCAGAGUGGAUCAAUGGUGACCCACAUGCAACACAUAAUAACUGAUGCAUAUGGCUGGAUGAGGAAGUUCAUGUCAAUAAUUAUUCUAGUCAUAAAUGACAAUAACAAUUAUCUAUUGAUAUAUUUACACCUCAUGUUGGUAUAAUAUUGUACCAAAUAUAAGAUCUUAAAGUACCAAUAUAUAGGCUUAAAAAAAAACAUGUUUCAAAAAAAAAAAAAGGUUUAAAAAAAACCAGCACACACAUUAUUGUCAUUCACUCAUUCAUGACUAGAAUAAUUUUAUAGUUAUACAACCGUAGAUGGAUGAUGUUUUGGGCCCAAUAAAAGCUACUAACAUUGUAAAAUUAGUCCUACUCUUAAAAAGAGGAUGUUGAGAGAUAACUUCAACUCCCACA